GUGUGAGUUUAUCUCCAACGUCACCGGUUCUCUGUCAGUCUCGCGCUCAUAAGAAACUGCAGGAACAAAAAUGAUUUUUAUUCACUUUUAACUCUACACCGCUUAAACUUUGUGUUUUAUGUUUCUUCCUUUUAUUGAACGCAUUAAUUGAUUAAAAAUAUCGAGAAUAUUAGAUUAAUAUUAGAUUAGAUGAAUAAAUCUCCCAGAUAACCAUGCGUGUAUAGACGGGGUUUUCCAGUGAUCCUGUAUAACACGUAGCUCAUUUAUGAAUAAUUUAUACACCGAAGUGUUAAUUCACUGUCUGUUAAUUCGGAAUUAUUUAGAAUUGAGAUUUUUGUGGUAAGUUUGUCGGUGAUAACUUCGGUUUCGAUAAUUAAGUGUCUAAUUAACUUUAACCACGAGCUAACUGGCUAGCCGCUUCCAAGCUAACAGCUAGUAUUUAGCAUUGCUGUUUACCUCAGACGACACAGGAGCAGCUCUCAGUUAUAAACAGGGAAAGAAAUUCAGUGAUAAACUCCAUUUCAACUUCUGAACAAGAAAAACGUAGUGUGUUACUCAGAUUUUCCUCACAGCACAACUUCACUACUGUCAGUAGUUAAUGGUGGAGAUGAGUGAGGAUGGUGUUGAGUCGUGUGCUGAGGAUCAGUCGGUCCAUAAUGAAUUGGCUCUGCUGGCCCUGUUGGAGAAGACCGGAUACAGUAUGGUGCAGGAAAACGGACAGAGGAAAUUCGGGGGUCCGCCUCCAGGCUGGGAAGGCCCUCCUCCUCCCCGAGGCUGUGAGGUAUUUGUGGGGAAAAUUCCCAGAGAUAUGUACGAGGACAAGCUGGUGCCCGUGUUCGAACGCGCUGGCCACAUCUACGAGUUCCGCUUGAUGAUGGAGUUCAGUGGUGAGAACCGCGGCUACGCCUUUGUCAUGUACACCACCCGAGAAGCAGCACAGCUAGCCAUUACCCUCCUCGACAACUACGAAAUCCGUCCAGGAAAGUUCAUCGGAGUGUGUGUGAGUCUGGAUAACUGUCGCCUCUUCAUCGGCUCUAUCCCUAAAGACAGGAAGAAAGAGGAGAUCCAAGAAGAGAUGAUGAAGGUAACAGAUGGAGUGGUGGAUGUUAUCGUGUACCCCAGUGCCAUGGACAAAAGUAAGAACCGUGGUUUUGCGUUUGUGGAGUACGAGUCACACAAAGCUGCUGCCAUGGCUCGCAGGAAGCUCAUACCAGGAACAUUCCAGUUGUGGGGUCACACUAUUCAGGUGGACUGGGCGGAGCCAGAGAAGGACGUGGACGAGGAGACAAUGCAGCGUGUUCGGGUUCUGUACGUGCGUAAUCUCAUGCUGCACACGAGUGAGGAGGCUCUUCACUCAGAGUUCAGCUGUCUGAAGCCCGGUUCUGUGGAGCGUGUGAAGAAACUGACAGACUACGCCUUUAUUCACUUCUACUGCCGUGAAGACGCGCUCGCCGCACAGCAGUACAUGAAUGGCAAACUCAUAGACGGCUCUCCCAUCGAAGUCACUCUCGCAAAGCCGGUCAGCAAAGACGUGGGUCGAAGAUUCAGAACCCGCUUUGGACAUAAUGGAACGGCACCAGCGCACUACAGCGACCCUAACUUCCAAAGCAAAGACGACUCGCCGAUCAGCGUGGGCUCAGGAGGGAUGGGUGAUGGUUUUUCUCCACGUGAUCUCAGUUUAUCUCCUCAUCCGAGUAGCCCGUAUUCGGUGGAGUUAGAACGGUACGUGUAUCCCUUUCUGCCCGGGUCCGGUCUGGUACCGAUCAGUCUGCAGAGCCUGAAACCGAGUCAUCUGAGCUCUGCUGUGUCUCUGCUGGAAUAUUACUGCCACAAGAACGGCUGGUCUCUGCCCGAGUAUUACCUUUACACCACUACUGCAGCGACCUUCUCCACCGCUGCCCAUGAAGGAAGAGCGCUGCUGGUCUAUAAGGUGGUGAUCAGCAGCACGCAGAGCAGCUACAUGCCCGAUAAAGUCUGCACUGUUCUGGAGGACGCCAAGGAGCUCGCCGCUUGCAACGCGCUCUGGAACCUCGAUCUCACAUUAUUUGGCCCAGGUUCUCCUGCACGUUUCUCUCCUCCAGCAGUAUCCUCAGGUACAGGUUUGUUGUCGUUUGCGUGUCAAGCGGUACCGUACCCAGCGUACUCCUUGGCUCCCGUCUCAUCUCCGAUGUCCGUCUCCAGUACCAGGGGCUCACGGAUCUACAUUCCCACCCAGUCCUCCUUCUGACCGAGCCACACAGUGUGAGCAGAACUGUUGUUGUUAUUGUUCAGUUGUGCUCAGACGUGUCACUUACGCUGUGUUUUUUAUGUUUUGCAGUAAGUAAUCAUUUUUUUGUGUGUAGAAUUCUCAGAUCGUUCUGUUCUGUUUCAGUGUUUCUAAAAGCCUUUCUCUUUUUACACCUAAAACAAGUUGGAAAAAACAUUAUUAUUAUUGUUAUUAUAAAUAUCUGAUCCACAGCCGGUUUUUACUGGGUACGAGAGCUUCACAUCACAGCACUGGUUUCUGAGUCGUCUUCUAGUGAGAGUUACUGAGUUGUGGCUCGUCUAACCCUAACCCUCGUCCUGCUGUAGCAUUAAAACCUCUUCCUCUCCUUCAGCGUUUAGACAAAAUACACUUAAAUGCUCAAAGGAUCUAACACAUCUCUACUACUCUUUACAUUUAAACAGAUAACGUCACCUGUGUUUCUGGAAGAUGGAUCAAUUACACAAGAAAUGUCAUCAAAAUGUACCUUUCAUAAAAACACUCUUUAGCUCCCAAUAUUAAUUGGAAAAGAAAUGAAGGUUAAUUAUUCCUUCUAGCAGAACAGUGUGCUGUUUUUCAUCCUCCCACACAAAUGAUUUCUUUUUAUUUACAAUUCAUUGUAAUUGAAUGCCAGUGAGUGAAGACCUGCACAGUGUAUUGUGCACAGCUGUGUAUCUACAGCGGCCGUGCUGAAUAAAGUGAAUAUCUGAGUCAUAGAAUUAAAUCCAGUUGUUUUUUAUUAUUAUAAUAUUUGCUUGAUAUUUUGUUUAGUUCUCCCGCAUUUAUAUGAACUUAAAUCUCCUGUUUCUUGAGAUCCUGUUUAUAAACAUUAUUUCGGAACAGCUUGUGUUUUCAGUUGAAUUAAGAUGCGGACGUUUAGCAUUGUGAUUUAAGGCAGAAUGUUGAUUCCAGUCCUGCAGAUCUCUACUGUUCAUGCAGGACAUUAUAACUGUUUGACCUCAUGUUAACUUGUUGAAUAAAAUAAAGAGAAGAAAAUA